GGCAGUUCGGGAGUUGACAGAUGCUCUAGAGUGUACAUUUGUUUUGCUGAUAAAAGAUGUCUUUCUCUCCUGUUCAAGUCGAUGUCACCAUAUCUCCGGAUGAAAUUCAGCGCAAUCAUUGCUGUAAGUCAACUUUGCGCGUCCUGGAAUCGGUGCGGCCUGGUUGGUUUUCCAAAACCAAUCCGCUAGAAUCUAUGAAAUCAAAGGUAUUCACAGGAGGCAUAUCCAACCAGCUGUAUGGCUAUUACCUGGAUGGCAAAUUUCAAGAGGAUGUUGUCCUCAUACGCAUUUAUGGGAAGAAUUCAGAGCUGAUGAUUGACAGAGAUCUGGAGAAGAAAAAUAUACAGAUUUUGCAUGCAGCAGGAAGGUGCCCACCCCUCUAUGCAUCAUUUAACAAUGGGAUUGCCUAUGGAUUUGCACAUGGAGUAACACUAGAAGUGGACACUGUCAGGGAUGAACACAUUGGGAGGUUGAUAGCAUGUGAGAUGAUAGCGGUACACAGCAUACGCCCCGACGGUUGUGAGGUUAAGACAGGACUCUGGGACAAAAUAAACCGCUUCUUGGAGCUCGGGCCAGACAGCUUCGAAGAUCCAGAGAAAAAUAAGAGGUUAAAAACUUUGGUAAAGUCAAAAGAAGCAAUGAGAAAGGAGGUGAAUUUUCUCCGCUCUCACCUCGAACCUCUCAACUCACCGGUUGUGUUCUGUCACAAUGAUCUUCUACUUAAAAAUAUCAUUUACAACAAAGAGCAAGAUCGUGUAUCCUUUAUUGACCACGAGUAUGCUAUGUACAACUCAGAGCACUUUGAACUGGGAAACCACUUCGCUGAAUACGCAGGUGUGGAUGAUGUAGACUUCAGUCGCUACCCAGACCGGGCCCUCCAACUGCGAUGGUUGAGGAACUACCUUGAGGAGAAGGCAGCAUCAGAGGGCCGGGCGUCAGAUACAGUAACAGAAGCUGAUGUUGAGAGGUGCUAUGUCAUCACAAACAAGUUUACUCUGGCUGCUCACAUGUUUUGGGGUCUGUGGGGUCUCGUUCAAGCGCGGAACUCCCUCAUUGACUUUGGCUUCCUGGAAUAUGCUGAACUAAAGCUCAAUGAAUACUACAACAGGAAAGAGGAAUUUCUGGCAUUGAGACUACAAGAAGUAUAAUGAUAACAUAUUUAGGUGUUUGUUUUAAUUACUGUUUGUAGUGUGUAACAUUGUCAUACACAUUUUUUAUGUUUUAAUGCUAUAUCUGUUAUUGAUACACAGAAUGUACCUAUUUCCGAAAUGUUAAUACCAGCUGUAAAACCAAGACCUGUAUUAAAAAACAUAAGUCAUUUCCUAACUUAUGUCCUUUUCAUAAUUUAAGUAGCUCACUUGUCAAAUGAUAUAAGUUCCACAUAGUGUCGAACAAACUCUGUUUUCAUAGACUAAAAUAAUAGGGUGAAAGUGGUCUAGUGGUAUAGGUAUCCACCUCUCCCCCAGGCGGUUGUGGGUUUUCGAUUCCCAGGUACUUUCUCAUGGCCUCUCAAAAAGGACAUUACUGGUUUCUGCACAGGAAAUGGACUUGAUAGUGAUCUUAUAAUCUCAGACUUCAUCUCAAAUCGAGCUAAAAUAAAUUGGUAUAAUCCAAUGGAAAAAAUACUGUUUUUAAUAUAUUUAUAUUUGACUGUGAACAAUUCAAGAAAUCAACAUGUGAAAUGAUGUUUUAUAAUACAGGCCCAAGUGUUUUAUAAUACAGGCCCAAGUGUUUUAUAAUACAGGCCCAAGUGUUUUAUAAUACAGGCCCAAGUGUUUUAUAAUACAGGCCCAAGUGUUUUAUAAUACAGGCCCAAGUGUUUUAUAAUACAGGCCCAAGUGUUUUAUAAUACAGGCCCAAGUGUUUUAUCAUAUUUUUGUUGUAUAAAAGCAAACUUAUAAGAAUAUGCCAUCCAGAGGGUUAUUUAGUAUUCAGUUAUGAGUUUAUCACUUUUAUAAGUGACCUCUAUAAAGGACAAACAGCAUUAUAUUGAAACCAACAUUAUAAUUAAGAUACUUUAUUUAUAUGGAGUGUCACCCUACUAUAAAUUUAGAAUGGAUAUAAUGCUAUCGAUAUGUCAGUAUUUAAGGUAUUGGAUGUACAAGUAAGUGUGACAUUUCAUCCAGCCAUUGGAGGUUACAUUUAAUUUGGAUGCCUGGUAACUCCAUAUAGGUAUCAACAUCAGUUGAAUGGAUAUUGCUUGAUGAUAACUACUAUGCAAGACAAUUGACUAAAACCACACUGUAGGUUAAGAUGAUGGAGAUUGUGGGUUUGUUCUAUAUUUAAACUUAAAUUGGAAAGCAAAAAGGCAAAUUUGUAACAUUGGUUUCAGUACAUGUUUUUUUCAUAUUCCUUCUCUAUACAUGAAACCCUUUUAUAUGGAACCAAUCUGAUACGGAGUCAGUAGGCAUCCAAAAUCAUGUAGUUGUACAAGGGAUACCUUCAGGUGAAUGGUUUUAACAUUCUGUAGAUUUUAGUUCAUGUUUUUAAAUGGAUAUGAAAAUGCACUUAACAUACAAGGUAUUUAAUUGUUAUGUAUAACCAGCAUACUUGCUAUACUAGUAUUUUAUGUAUAUUGUAAUAUUUAUUUAGUUUUAUCUGUUUGUUUAAGCAUUUGUGAAAUAGGUGAUGGCAAAAGGUUCCCAACCAAUGUUUGUGAAGAAACUUGAAUGGGUAAAUUUUAUAUAAUAUAUAAUUAAUUAGAUAUCUAUAUAUGGAUCCUGAAAUGCAGCAUUAAAGGUUCUGUAUUUCCAUUGAAACAGAUGUGGUUUUGGUGGAUAAAAUACUGUUUUAAGGUUGAUAAUUGUUUUUGCUUAAAAAUCUGUUUGUAGUGUGCUUGUUAUGGAAAAAAUAUACAUCUAUCCAUUUACUGUGAUAAAUCCCACCUUUUAUCUGCUGCGUUUUUAUUCCUGGCCAUUCUGGGUCAAGUGUAUGUAUAGUAGCAAGAAGGUAAAUACUAAAUCUUGGAAUUUCUAUUUAAAAUAUGAAGUAUGACAGGAAUGGCAAGUCAUAGAUUCAAAAGCGACAUAAUGAGGAACAUGACCUUACCGGUAAUACAAACAAAAUAUCAGGCCUCCAGAAUUUUUUAGUAACUCCAAACGAAAACGAUUUGCAAAUGACUUCAGCACAAAAUGAGGUGAUUAUGUGGCCAAUAGGUUUGUUUCUGGACAGUUGAAAUGUUAUAUCCUAGGCCUCGUACUGUCUAUAUUCUGAUAGCUUUACAAUUAUCGUUUUACAUGAUCCAGAAUGAUGUUUGGUAACUUACAUGUAAGUCAUCCAUUUUAGUAUUGUUUUUUGCUUACAGUUAGCAGGCUUUUAAAAACAUGUUUUAAAUUAUUUUGCAAUAUUUAAACAAUGUUCGAGUGUUCAAUAAGGUUAUGUUUUGUAUUAUAUUGUAACAGCAGCAUGUUUUUGGUGGAAUUUUAAGGAAUAUAUCUUCAAGGGGCACAAUUUAGGUUGAAGUCAAAAUGUUUCUUUAAUUUCACUGCUUUUUUAUGUUUUUUACAUCAACCUAUUUUGUGCACCUUCAACCAAUACUGUUCCCCUUUAAACAAACUAAUUUUUAGAAUCUUAAACCGAAACACUUCAAAUUUAGAAAUUGGUUGGUUUAAUAUAUUCCUUAUGAACACAAUUUAACCAAAACCAUGACGUUUGUGUAACAAGGAUAAUAUUAUGUUGUUUUAUACCUAUAUUAAUAAUCCCGUGUUUUGCACAUUCAGUGAGUGGACAUAUUCCCAUAGAAUGAAGUUCCUUUUAUACAUGUAAACAACGUAAACAUGUGAACGGAAAACUGGUUAGAGCUACUUAUAAACCUUGUAUGAAAGAGUUACCCUACUAGUAUUACAGAUGGUUUGUGCAGUUACUGUAUUGGUGUAUUAAUUAUAUGGUCGUUAACGGGUCUAAAUACAUAUUUAUUAAAAUAAAUUAAUAAAACAAUA